AUGGCUUACGCUUCUCGUUUCCUCUCCAGAUCUAAGCAGCUACAGGGGAGUCUGGUCAUUUUGCAGCAGCACCAUGCUAUUCCAGUCCGCGCCUUUGCAAAAGAAGCUGCUCGUCCAACAUUUAAAGGAGAUGAGAUGUUGAAGGGUGUCUUUACAGAGAUCAAGAACAAGUUUCAGGCUGCUGUUGAUAUUCUCCGUAAGGAGAAAAUCACCCUUAAUCCAGAGGACCCAGCUGCGGUAAAACAGUAUGCAAAUGUAAUGAAGACCAUCAGGCAAAAGGCAGACAUGUUCUCAGAAUCUCAACGCAUCAAAUAUGAUAUUGAGAACGAGACUAAAGAGAUUCCAGAUGCUCGCGCGUACUUGUUGAAGUUGAAGGACAUCCGCACCAGGAGGGGCCUUACUGAUGAACUUGGUGCUGAGGCCAUGAUGUUUGAAGCUUUGGAGAAAGUUGAAAAGGAUAUAAAGAAGCCUCUCUUAAGAAGCGACAAGAAAGGAAUGGAUCUUUUGGUUGCAGAAUUCGAAAAAGGCAACAAAAAGCUUGGGAUUAGGAAAGAAGAUCUUCCUAAAUACGAGGAACAGGCGGAGCUCAGCAUUGCCAAAGCACAGUUGGAUGAGCUGAAGAGUGAUGCUCUUGAAGCAAUGGAAUCUCAGAAAAAGAAGGAGGAAUUCAAGGAUGAGGAAAUGCCUGACGUGAAGUCGUUGGACAUCCGUAACUUCAUCUAA